GUUUUCCUUGUUCAAAUAAAUAUACACCCAGUAUACAUAUAUACAUUUUUAUAUCAGAGUAAACUUUCAAAAGAAUACCGACGUCACCAAACUUGAAAUCAAUAUUCUUUAAUCGUUUAAACAGUUUAGACAGUUUGGUACUAUAUACACCGACCUAUUUAUAUAUUUCUUUCACACGAAAGCGCGAUAAACAUUUAAAUAGUUAAUUAAAAUUUGGGAUUAAAACAUGUAAAAUUACACGGAAAAGACAGAGGGAUUUUGUUUUUUGUCAACAAUUAGGCGGAAAUACAGUGUAUGUUAAAGAUGAACAGGAAAGAAACGUUUAUUUCUGUGAUACUUGGAGUAAUAUUUUACCAUGGACAAGGAGUAUCAGGGGACCGGGAUAUCUGUGACGUUCAAGGAUCAACAUACACAUACUGUGACCACGGCUAUCAUUGUUGUGAUGGAAACAGAAAAUGCUGUGCCGAUGGAGUGUCGUCUGCUACAGUAAUUGGGAUUGUGUUUGCAGCUAUAUUUUUUGUUUCCAUUUGUGUGUUCUGUUCAAUUCUUAUCACCAAAAAGAAGAAGUUAAGACCAAAUCAACUUGUACGACCAGUGAAUCAACAAAAUGUUAAUAUAUCUACUGUGGGGCAGACAAAUCAUAACUCUUACCAAAAUUUUACAAUACCGUCACGUGGCCAAAACUACAAUAGCGGUCAAUUUUACUCUUACGGUCAGCCACCGUAUGGAAAUCCUGUACCAUACGGUCAAACUCCGAUACAACCGCCACCAUACAGUCAAACGGACACGUCGGCAUACCCACCACCUCCGGAGUACAAAUUAGAACCUAAUUAAGACUGCGGAAAUUAAUAGGAAUAAUUCAUUGUAUUUAGAGUGUAUUG